AUGGAUGAAGGUCUUCUGAAUGAUCUACUCGAGUGCUCCGUGUGUCUGGAGCGACUCGAUACGUCGUCCCGAGUGCUGCCGUGUCAGCACACGUUCUGUCUCAAAUGCUUAAAGGUGAUAGUCGAGUCGCACAAAGAACUUCGUUGUCCAGAAUGCAGAGUCCUAGUGGAGACCAAGGUGGAGGAGCUGCCGCCGAACGUGCUCCUAAUGAGGAUCCUCGAGGGCAUGAAGAACUCUGCUCCGAGGAAAAUUAUCACUGGACAACGAAAUUCCAGGAGUGGGCAUUCACAGGUCCAACAAGGUGUGCAGUUGGCUGGACGGGACGGUAAGCAGCUGCCUCCACACGGAAGGGCCUUGUAUGACUACAUAUCUAAGGAGCCUGGAGACCUAUCCUUCAAGAAAGGCGAAACGAUUCUGCUUCAGAAGAAACUGGAUCCGUUUUGGUAUCAGGGAGAGUGUUCGGGUAGAACUGGCAUGUUCCCAAUCGCCUAUGUACAGGUUGUAAUACCGAUACCUGUGGCCACACCGCUGUGCAAAGCUCUCUACGACUUCCGGAUGUCAGCACCAGAGGAGGAAGGAUGUCUGGCGUUUGACAAAGGUGCAAUAAUAACAGUUCACCGCCGCGUAGACGACAACUGGGCGGAGGGACGGCUGGACCAGCGCGUCGGCAUCUUUCCCAUUGCGUUUGUUGAGCUCAACCAGUCCGCACGACAACUGAUGAACAGUAUUUCGCUGAACCGUGCCGUGCCUCCAGUACCAGAUCACGCUCGUCCAUCGCACUCGGAGCAUCGACAUCACGCCCAGCAUAAUCAUCGAUACCAACAAAUGUCUUUGUCCACUCCAACUACUGCUCAAAGCAAUUAUCAAAAUAUGGCGACGAUGAGCCAGUCUCAUCCUAACUACCACGCAACACAGCAAAUGUUGUCUCAACAAUCGCAAAUACUGCUGCCAGUCAACCAACACGCCAAUAUCACCUCUAUUUCUCACGGCGGUCUGGUGACCACUACCGCCGUACCGAGAAACAUCAUGGAGCCAAGUCAAACGAAACAUUCAUUGGACUUGAUACAAUUCACAAACAUGCACAACAAGUCCCACCAAGGAACAAUGGGAAUACAAAGCGUUUCAAGAAUCAACGAGAAUUACGAUCGACUUCGAACAGUCAAAUAUGACAGCUACAACACCACACCAGUACAUAAGGUCGAAACCACAUAUCAGAAUGUCAGGACGCACGAACAUUUACCUGUGUCUGUAGCCAAUUUUAACACCAGCAAUGUCUCUUCGGACUCCAGUUCUAGUAUGAACACACCCUCAGUCGGAAUCAGUUCCACCACGACUCCUAACACUAGUUCGAACACUAGUACUUGUGAGAGCGCAGAGCCGAGCUUGCCCAGCUCGCCUGAUAAUAAUACAGAGCGAAAUGCGACCGUUGUCGCUUGUAAUACGACUCAAAAUCAAACAGAAGAAAUCAACAACGACGAGUCACUCGACACUUCGAUGGGAGUGUUGAGUUUGAACGAGAGUUCAACAGCAACGAACACAUCCUUGAACGUUAGUUUGCCUCCGUCUGAGAGUCCAAAAUUGAAUGCGUCUGGUGCUAGUAACACGUCACAAAGUCAAAAUGAACCUCAAGAAGGUGCAAGCAAUAGUGAACCUUCGAGGUUGGAUGCCCCAUCGUCAAGUAAGACUGUUUUGCGCUCCAGUGGGCCGGAUUCUUUGUUGAAUUUCGGUCUUGGGCUGCAAGCGGCGCUAUCGCCCUCUCACGGCAAAGAGGGGAAUUACAUGGUGACGAGAGCGCAUAGAGAUCAUCACCACAGAGAUAGAGAAAAGAGACACAGUUUGACGCCCUCGACGCAUUUGCAAGCAAAUCACAAUACGCAAAAUAGCAGACACUCGGCGGAGAUAGUCGCGACCAGCCUGCUGGACGCGGCGAGCGACGUGCGCGAGCGUCGCCGGCGCCGCUCCAAGAGCAACGAGCGCCCGCUGCCCGCCGACUACAUCGCCAUCUACCCCUACAAGCCGCAGAAACCCGACGAGCUUGAGCUCAAGAAGGGAGGCGUGUACACGGUGACGGAGCGGUGCCGCGACGGCUGGUACAAGGGCUGCUCGGAGCGCUCGCAGCGCUGCGGCGUGUUCCCCGGGAACUACGUCGCGCCCGCGCCGCUCGCCAGGAACAAACACGACAAGGGUCCUGCGUUAGUCCCCGCCGGCGGGGCGAGCUCCACGUCGGUGGUCCCCCCACCCGCCCCUGCGGCCCCGGUGGCCCCGCCAGCCCCGGGGGCCCCGCCAGCCCCGGGGGCCCCGCCAGCCCCGGGGGCCCCGCCCGCGCCCGACGCCCCGCCCCGCGAGCGCACGCCGCCCGCCGCCGCUCCAGCUCAACCGAUGUCUUUCUCUUGGGGUACGUCGGCACAACCUCAACAAACCACCCCUAGAACGGAAAAGCCAAAAGAAAAAUCGAAAUCAGAGAAAUCGUCGAUGUCAGCCAGUGGAAUAAGCCUCAUGAAAAGAUUGGCUGCUAUGAAGAAAUGCAAGUCACCCCCUCCAGCAGGAUACAGUAUGGACAAUCCUGUGUUUGAAGAUGGACCUGGAACCUCACUCAUGCUGAACUUAGCUCAGCAACGUCAUCCUGUGCACGUCAGGUCGGGCUCGUGCCCGUCGCAGCUGCUGCGCGCGCUACCGUCGCGCCACAAGCCCGCGCACCUCGCCCACGACCACCACCUGCUCACCGCUCACAGAACAGCGACGGAGAAUCCUUGGCAAUCGCAGCAUCGCAAAUCGCAGUCGCUAGACGUGACCGCGUCGAGGCGAGACCGGCACCACUCGCAACCCGUCAAAGAGAAGUUCCGGUGCAUCGUGCCGUACCCGCCGAACUCGGAGUACGAGCUGGAGCUGAAGGUGGACGACAUCGUGGUGGUGUCGCGCAAGCGUGGCGACGGCUGGUACAAGGGGACGCUGCAGCGCACCGGCCGCACCGGCCUCUUCCCCGCCUCCUUCGUGCAGAGCUGCCCGCGCGACUGA